UGGUGCAAUUUUCGGAAAAGCUUUUUCACCCUUCUCUGUUCUCUGUCUGUCUGGCUGUCCGAUAAUGGUGUGGAAAAUGUCAGUCAAAUUUUAGGUUUUUUCCUUCUGUCGGUCGCAAAUUUUGCCGUGUGUUUGGUUUCAAAUUUAUCUCCUCACUGAUUUCUAGUGUUUAUUAGAAAGGAAUCAGAACCUACCGAAAUUAAUCGCGCAAAAGACAAUUCCAGUGAUGAUUUAACGCGAGCGAAGGAAGAAGCUGUGUCUUGAGAAAUCAGUGUUUCUUGUUUUCUAGAGUGUGUGUCCUGUUGAACCAUUAACCCGAUCGAGCAGUGGCGGGUUGUGUGGCGUUCGGCUAAGCGGAAGCAAAAAUGAAUUUUUCCGCCUUUGGAGGCCCAUUCUCCGGGAUUCACCAGUUCGCAGCCAAGUUUGGCAGUAAUGAUGGGGCAUUUACCAGUACGAACACGGCCACGGGAAAUGGCGCCGGAGCGGGAGGAGUCGGGGCUAGUGCUGGUGGGGCAGGUGGUACUGCGACUGGAGCUCUGACCGCUGCCGGAGGAGCCAACAUUGGCCAGCAGGAUUUGAAUCGGUACCACGGAUCGAAUGGGAAUCAUUUUAAUCAGAACUCUACCUCAAUGAUCAACACACCAAUGUCCUACGGCCAAAACAUUUCGCUUCCCUACAGUCAGUCCCAGACCGAGCAUAGUUUCGUCAAUAAUAUGCAGGUGGAUCAGAAUAAACUAAAGAACACCAUCAAGGUAGAUCGCGACGAGAUGAUUAAUCAGCAAAUUCUGCAGAACGUGAAUCAAUCGUGGCAAACGUUGACUAAUCCGUCGAACACGGUGGACUACUCAUCGCAUCUUCUCUCUGCCACACUGCCAAUCUCGAUACAGCAUUUCCUUAAAUAUUCCGAGACGAUCAAAAAGGAAUCUAACGGUGUAGCAUCCGGACUGGCCUCACCGGGGCCACUGAGUGGAUUGAUCGGAGUUGAAACGAACGCGUUCAAUGUACAGAAAGACUUGCUUAACCUGAAAAAUGGCUCGAAUUUGAAUUUGGCGCUGGGAAAUGUAGCCGUCAGUGCCGCAGCUGCAAGCCUAGGACUGAAUCAUCAGCAUCUAACACAUCACACCAGUAAUCAUCAGGACAAUAGCCACACAUAUGGGAACGUUAACCAACUCCCACUCAUUUCGAACACCACAAAUAACCAAACGCAAAACUCCAAUCAGCAAAACACAAUAAAUGGUACUGUGAACGGGAAUGCCGUUCCUGUGACUGCGACCAAUGGACAGAACACCAAUGCCAAUGGAAACGCCACCGCCGCCAUUGGCACUACAACAGGAACAACGACUACCGGUAAAACCAAGCGCAAAAAGGAGAAGAAACGCAAACCACCGAAGGAGAAGAAACCCCGACCGAAACCGGGACAGAUCCGCGAGACCAAGGCGUUGGACGGCUCGCCACUAUUCUGCUGUCCGGAGUGCCAGAUGGCGUAUCCCGAGCGCGGACUGAUCGAACAGCACGUCAUAUCGCACGCCGUCGAGCGACGCUUCGUGUGCGACAUUUGCCAUGCUGCGUUGAAACGGAAGGAUCAUCUGACCCGCCAUAAGCUGUCGCACAUUCCGGAUCGACCGCAUAUCUGCAGUAUAUGCUUAAAGUCGUUCAAACGCAAAGAACAACUAACGUUACACAUCGUAAUACACACCGGAGAGAAGAAACACGUUUGCAAUGAGUGCGGAAAAGGCUUCUACCGGAAGGAUCACCUUCGCAAGCAUACCCGUUCGCACAUUGCUCGACGUGUAAAAUCGGAAAUGUCUGCCCAGUCCGGUACUGGGUCCGGCUCCGGAUCCAGCUCAAACAACGCAAACAAUAAUAGUGCGCUCGCUUCCUCUCUCAUGGCAACUAACAUGCAGGGCGCGCCGGUGACGGCUUCCUGAGCUUCGUAUAAGGACUUUUGGUAAGAUGGAUGUUCCAGCAAUAUCUGGCAAUCAGGGUUCCGAGUAGCUGACAAUGCAGAUUGAACUGGAUGAAGACAAUCGAUGUAGACUAGCAGUUAUUGUUUUGUUUAACGAACCUCAAACAAUAAAUUUCUGAUAUAUCAGGGUUCAUUUCAAACUACAAUCAAAUGACCAUAACAGUAAUAAGAUGUUCUAUAAAGCAAUAGACUAAUUUGUUAAAGAUGAUUUUUUCUAGAAUAGUUUGUCAUCGGAACAAUGACUUCAAUUUGAACCGCAUUGUCCCGCUUGGAAUUACAUCAAGAAAUCUUAUCAAGAGUCCAUACUGUUCGUUGUCUGACAAAAGUGCCUAAAAAACAGUAGCUAAAAGCACUCUCUCAGACAACCAAAUCUGUACUUGUAAAAGUAUCGAAAAUAACGACAACUAAGAAUGAACGCAAAACUAGAGUUAUACGAGUAUAACGAACAAUACGUUAAAAAAUGGCCAUGUGUUGGCUAAAGCUUCCAUCGGAAGCGAAGUAUACGUGCAAUCUGACCUGAUCUGUAUCUAUUUCCACCGGUAAUCGACUUAUAGCAAAACAAAUUAUUGCACAAUGCCGUAGGGAAGGCAGUUCCACGCAAUUCCGUUUUUCAACCCAACUUUCUUCGAAAUUCACAAUAUUCGCCUAUGAGUAUGAUAGCAAUAAUUUACGAAACAUCAAAGCGACCGGGAACUGAGAGUCUGUUCGUACGGGCUGAUACUGAUACACGAAAUCAAUAAUAUAGAAGACGGAUGAUAUUUUUUUCUUACCGUGAGUAGCGGGGUUUUGUGGGUUAUACGACGAUAUACAAUUGGAGAAUGUGUAAUAUUUUAUUUAUUCAGUGAGAAGAAAAAAAUCUAUGUGGUAGAGAAUAUCUUUAAGAAUAUAUAUAUUUUGUACUGAGUAUUGCAAACCCAAUGAAAGAGAUGUUUGAGCUAAAUUACUAUAUAUUGAGAAAAAAGUAUUAUGAUGACUAAAGUAUAUGCAUAAACGUUUUAACAGAAAUAAAGAGACUCGAUAAGGAGAAGUCGUGGUACGAUUGCAAAGUGAUUGGAACAGAGUUUUGGUAAAGUGUUUGAAAGGGCAAACCAAAGAUACAAAUUGCAAGCCGCCGUUUGUAGCCGAAAGGGACUAUUUCAGAAACACAACUCAAAUAGACUACUUUUCACUGAAAGAAACAAAACUAUGUCUACCUAUAGAAACACAGAGGAAUCUCCUAACUUACUUUACUCUAGACAGAAAAAUAAUAUCGCUUGCAACAAAGAAGUAUAUAGGAAUUCAAAGUACAAACUAAAGAAAAAAAAAGAAAAUGACUCCUGUUGAAACAAUAGAGAAAAUAAACACUACGAAUAAAUCAAGAAGAAACCCGAACGUUACUCCAAAAGUUGCAGAAACAUUUAAAAAAAUAACAGAAACAAACUUACCAAAGCGAUGUUCAAAUAAUUACUACAACAAAAAGAAUAUGAAAUUUCAACAAUACAAUAUAGUGUAAAAACCAUCAUAUAUUUCGUAUAACCGAGAAGAAUUGAUAUUACCGAGAGAGAGAGAGAGAAAAAGAUAUGAAAUAACGAGAAACAAAAUGCUAUUUUAUUAUUUUGAGUAGAGUACCGAGCGAGCAGUAAACUGAAAAUACCUGUAGAAGCACAAAACAACAAGCUGAAAAAUAUAUCGAAUAAACAAAGAUGAACAAAAAACAAAAAAAGGCAAACCAAAAUAGAGCAGAAAAAUAAUAACCACAACAGUACAUCCCAAAGCGUUGACAAAGAAAAAAUAAGCAUUUGUUAUACCAUUAACAAAGCAGCAACAAGAAACUACAAUAUUUUGACAAACUCACUCGAAGCAGUAAUGUGCUGUGUUCUUAUACUACGUGAAGAAAGUAUUCGUUUCAUUAGAGGGAUUUAUCAUGCUGGAAAUAGGUAUCUCGUUUGGUUUAUGGAUGUUGUAUGCUUAGGUAGGAUUCAGCAGCUGAGAUUUCUCCAUCGUUACAUCCAUUCAACAAGACUGUGUAUGAUAUGUCUUCGGAUACAGACAAGAGUUUGUCCUCGGAGUAAGCCUUACCUACAUCAUUCGAAAAUGUCUCGGUUCCCACAAACACUACGUCACGAGCCACGACGAUUUGAUCUUUCUUCGGAUGUUAUAUCCAACAGCCUUUCGGAGAAUAAUCAAAUGACAUGCCAUGCCACGACUCCGGAUCCUAUAGUUUCGGAAUGAGAGUAAACAAUGAGAGAGUUUUUUUCCAAUAUCCGUUUGCGACUUCCACAAUCCAUCUCACUAGUUCUGCUGAUCAAACAAAUAACCAUUUAGGUCAGUUGAUCCCAGACAAUCUCGAUUCCCAAAGCAUCGCCCGCGCUUUCUCGAGAAAGGUUCGAUUCAUGCGCUCACCCAUGCUAUUUUGCUCCGGAGUAUACGACGAAGUAAAUUUUUGUUGGAUCCUUUUGGAUGUACAGUAUUGUUUAAAACGUUUUCCACUGUAUUUGUCACCGUUGUCGCUUCUUAAGCGGGAAUUCCUUCUCCCGGAUUUAGGUGUCAGUAUCACCUCUUGCUUAAUCAACCAUUCCAGCACUUCAUAUUUUGAUUCCAUCAAAUACAUAACCGUAAAGUGGCUCUAGUCAUCGAGAAAGGUCACAACGUAUUUUAAUUCGUACAAGCCUUUUAGCGUUGCAGGGUUACACAUAUCUGAAUGUACCAGCUCGGGAACACGCGGCGAAUGCUUUUCGUUAGACCAUAAAAAAUAUUUUCUCGAUUGUUCUGCUUCGUUUCGAAGGUCCACAUACAAAUGCUUCACUGUUCUUGUUCGGAUUCAAAUCUGGUCAUCUGUGCAAUGUCCCGAGUCAUUUCAGAAGUUUGCUUAAGUUUCCGGUUCAAAAUUGCCAUAUCGCAAGAUCAAUGAUGGCUGUGUCUUUCGAUCAGCUCGCAUUCGUUCGUCAAGAUAUUUUCUUUCUGUAUAUUUCGCCCAGCAGUACAAACCCUUUGUGCGCUUUUACCGUUAACUGGAACCGGAAAACCCAUCAAGCUUAUCGACUUUUUAUUGAAUAGUACCGAUAAUUCCAGUAAUUUUAUUUCAUCGGAAAAAGUCCAAAAGCAAUCCGCAAUUUCGAAAUCAAAAAUGACUGACGAAUUAUAAUGGAGCGGAUAGGCGAAUUAACGAAGUCUAUAAACAGAGUAAAACAGUUGAAAAUGCACUCUUGAAUAUAUAUUUUUUAUCUGGAUGAAUCAGAUCUACAACAAAUUAAGAAAAUGUUAAUGAACUGGAAUAAAAGUUGUUGCAGCGAACGUUCGUAGGUUCAAUAACAGGAAGGUUUAUUGAUUAAUUGGCUUUUUUCAAGGCUAGAGGCGAAUGAAUUUUGUAGUUUUAGGCAUCUAUGAUGGCUGUGGCUGUUUUUAACAAGGUAAAUGAAACGGGCUUGAGUGAUUCGCAGAUUUUAAAAUCACAGUCUGUUUCUAUGACUGAAUUGAAAAGCAUUUUUGUAUAAUUUUGCCAGCGUGUGGGUUCUUCUUAGCAUAUACGUUAACUAGUGGUGUGAGUGUACAUUUCGUAUUUGACCGGUUUCAAUGCGUUCGAGUUUGCCGUCUGCUUCUUUGUUAUGUGCAAACUGAGAGAAAGAGAAAGUGUCGGUUUCGUAAAUUUUCAUUUUCGAAGAGCGUGUUUAUGUGUAGGGGAGAGUGGUUCUAAAACGACCGUUCAAAUAGAAAUAAUUUAAAGAAUUUAGUUGUAGUUCAAAUAUCGCCAAAGCAAUGUAGCUUUGCACCUAAAUGACACCGGAAAUCAUGGAAGUAGCAAGUUUCUAUAUUAUGUUGAUAACUGUGAAUGUUUGAUCUGUAUUUUCAGUUGGUGUGUCUAUGUAGAUGUUAAUGUAUUAUUCCGCCGUAGCGAUUGGAGUUCUUUAAAGGGUACCUGCAAAAUAUAUAUCGCGGAUACGAUUAGUUUGAAGGAGUUCUCUCGGUUACCUUCUCAGGUUUCCCACAAAUAACUCUCCGCCGUCGUGAUCAAAAUUUUAAAUGAUUACUCGCGAAUGGUAACGGAAAAUAUGAUGUUACAUUUUCCACCGUUGUGGUUGGAGUUCGAUACAAAGUAGGCGCGAUAAAUAAUUAAUAAGAAUGUAUUGACGAUUCGUUUGGCUGUAAAAGAAUUUUCUCGGUUACUUUCUCAGGUUUCCCAAAGUUAAAUCUCCACCAUCGCAAUUAGAGUUCGAUGUAGAAUACGCGUGUCUAAUAAUGGAAUAUAUCGCUGCAUUUAUUGGGUUUGAGUUUUCACGCGUGUUCUGACUCAUAAGAUCUUUGGAAUUUUGUUUCGUCAAUUGUUUAAUAGUUCACAUAAUCAUAUCACUUACCACAGUGAAUCCUGAUUCUUACCUCUUCCCACUAACAAAUAUCCCUUCCAUGAUAAUCGCUAGGGAACCACGCUAUAGAGGCGACCCUUCUGGCCUUCGGGCGGCGAUUAUCAUACUAACAUUCCUUCCCUUCCCCUGGUGACUGUAAGGACGUGGCCGGCGUCGUUAUUGACCAUUUAAAGCUCGAAUCACCGAAAAUUGCACAACGAGAAUGAUUUGCUAGUCCCAAGCGUCAUUCUGUGUGUUCUUUGUGCAAUUUAGUUGGUUCAGGUCAAUCACGGAGAGCAACUACGAAGUGUACAGUCUACCCAAGCUCAAGCUCAAGCUCUAUGAUGGCUGUUUUUAACAACUUUGCCGUAAGCUGACAUUGCCGUAUCGUAAUUGCCCUGGAUCGUUUAGAUAAUCAGAAAACAUCGAUUUCAGGUCAAUUAUUUGGAGUACUUGUCCAGUAUGUCAGCACUUAUUUGACCAAAGGAGUUCGAAGUCCAUCAUAGAGAACCUAGAAGGAUUUGGAAUAUCUUUCCGAGACUGGAGCGCAAGUGUGAAUAAUCGAAGAACAUGAGCAGGAGAAGACUACACUGGACUAUGAUAAUGGAGUCACAACAGAGAAGCAACUCGUGCACUCGAUGUAGUAAUCAAGAUUACGGCAGGAUCACACGAAACUUCAAUGGCUGCAAUCAGGCCAUCGUAGUUUGCACAAAUCACCGUCGAAUUUGCUCAUUUUUUUAUUACGUCUAGGAGGCUCAGAAGCAUUCCAGCGAGUAAAAACGAGUAAACAGUUUCAAAACUGUUACAUGUGUAGAUUCUCAGCAAAAGAAAGUUAUCCACAUAAAUUCAAAGAGUGGUCUAUGAACUCGAUGCAGUCCUACGCUACUCUUUCGUUCGUACUCUUAGGCAAUGAUCCUUACAUUAUUUUACGGAAUAAAAUAAUCAAUCACUGACGCGUGACAUUCACCCAAAAACAUGAAGGAUUUUGUUCCGAAGAACUCAUCGUCGUCGGUGACACACCUUUGAGGGUGACACCCGGGGCGGACUACUCCCCUCAUCCGCCGUACACUACGCCACUGCUUACGUUCUUAGCGACUGACGGUUUAGAAUAAACUUCGACCCUCUCCAGACAGUAGUCAAAAUGAAAUUUUAGCGUCAAUACCCUUUUUUUUUAGAUAUGUUCUGACUUUUAUUGUGUGUGUUUCGAUCCGUUGUGGUGACCUUCAGAUGUAACGAUGUUACGGGUUACAGGUGUUACGCAUGGCCAUAUUUGUGGAAACGGCGAAGUCGAUCAGUUUUAGGUCGUUUUAAUUGAACUGAACUCCUCAUUUUGGCCGACCUAAGCGUUUAGAUUACUGAUUGAUGUUGUGUUUUGGGUAGUAAUUACGUUUUAGCUGCGCGAAUAAUUCCUUCUUAUCGUUUAGACGGGGCUGUUUGGCGUCAAUGAAGCUGAUGCUGUAGAAGAGGUCUCACAUUUUCAGUCUGCAAUUCUAUUGCCGAUUGGCCACCAAGCAAUCAUUCGUUUCUGCAUUUGAUCCAUUACGAUGAAGGCUGCCGCAGCUGGUAACACUACUUCAAUCAUUCAAAUCAUUGUCGAACCUGUAGUGAAACGAUGCUGAUAUUGCGAGCUGUAUCAGGAAAAAUUCAGGUACACGCAAGAAAUUUGAGAGACUUGGAAUUCCAUGUCUCAAAUUUACAAAUUAUAGUUCGGGUUCUUUACUCAAUACGGUCCGAUUUCUGUCUUGCCUGUCUUGAUUUUUUUUAAAUUUUCCUGUCUACCUAGGAGAGAUUCAGGUGACAUGUUUAUACGAGGGUCGUUCAAAAAAAAAGUUUCAGUGCCUCAGAAAUCGCGGAAAAAAUAAGUUAGGACAAAAAACAAGGUGAUUUUCGUAAUCUAAUCGUAAUCGUUUUAUCUUAUAUUUUUUUACAUAAUCGCCGUAACGUUCGAUUUUUCAUAGCGUGGCACGAGUUUUUCUAUUCCGGCUAUCAACGAUUUGAUAACACUGAAGAAAUUCGUGACGCGGUUACAUCGUACUUCAAAAAUUGGACGCUACGCAUUCGCGCUAGGAAUAGAAAAACUCGUGCCACGCUAUGAAAAAUGCCUCGAACGUUACGGCGAUUAUGAAGAAAAAUAGAAAAUAAAACGAUUACCAUUAGAUUACGAAAAUCAUCUUUUUUUGCCCUAACUUUAUUUUUCCGCGAUUUCUGAGGCACUGAAACUUAUUUUUUGAACGAUCCUCGUAGUUUAACAAAUUUGAAUUGUCUAUAAAGGCCUUUCGGGAGGAUUUAUUAGUAGACAUUCAGUAGACUGUACACGUGAAUAUACUCAGAAGGUAUGAAACCUUGAAAACUAUGGAACGAUCGAAUCCUCAGUUGCUGAAAACCAGCCGAAAGUAUACAAUCCUAAGUCAUUAUUAAAAUCCAAUUCUAAGAAGACACAAUUUCUCAACUUCGUACGCUGUACAAAGCAAUCGUUGUGUAUGUAUAUGUAUCUUUAGUCUACUUUAUUACAAAUAGUUUAAUUAAUUAUGGAAGAAUGUAAGUCCUGACUAAACGCAAACGCGUUCGGCACACCAUAACCAAAGCGAAUAGAGCGACUGUAAAAAGUAUACAAAUGAGAGUAUUACUUUGAAAGACAAAAAUGCGUACAAUACGAUAUAUAUUAUAUAUUUUGAUAUAAAUAUCUACUUUAUCAUAUAUAUAUUUUGUAAGUAUAUUGCAGCAUCAUGAAGGAGCGGAGAUUAUCAUCAUAUUGAAUAAACUAACUUAUGGUUUGUUUCGUACUUGUUUAGCUUACAAGAAUUGAUUUAAAAUGCGUAUGAAAAGUUUGAAGAUUGAUAGAUAGGCAGGACGAAAAUAUCAACUCGAAUGGGUUAUGAAAAAUCCAAACUCCCAAUCCUCGAUUGGUGAAAAUCACUGCAUAGCGCGCAACAUAAAAAUACGCAACAAAGCCGCAUUCUGUGCUACGGUUAAUGCAAAUCAAGAUAAUAUUUAAGAAGGCUAUAACAGCGCAAACCAAGUCAAAUGCUUACGAUGGGGGUGAGAAAAGUAUGUGGAUGAAAUCCAGAGAUCACAUUGGAAGAUUGGUGUCGAGUAUGAACAGAAAACACGAAAGAAAAUCGAAAACCAGAAAAAUGAUAUUUUUAGGGUUUUACUAAUUUAUCGAGCAAAAGUGUAACCUGUAAGG